GCGGGGUUGCCUUGGAAACGGAGUGCGCUGAGUGGAUGCGGCGACGCCCCGAGAGCGCGGCUUUGCUGUCCGUCUGCGGGACGGGCUCACGGGACCGACGCGGAGAUGAUGCUCUCAAGGGCCAAACCUGCUGUAGGUGGGGACCUACCGCACACUGACAAAAGAAAGAAGAAAGGUAGGAAGAUUCCAAAACUAGAGGAGCUGCUUUCUCAAAGAGAUUUCACUGGAGCUAUUACCCUACUGGAGUUCAAGCGUCAUGUUGGGGAGCAAGAGGAAAACACUGAUUUGUGGAUUGGGUACUGUGCGUUUCACCUGGGCGACUACAAGAGAGCUCUGGAGGAAUACGAAAAUGCGACCAAAGAGGAAAAUUGCAAUCCUGAAGUCUGGGUGAACCUGGCCUGUACCUAUUUCUUUCUCGGGAUGUAUAAGCAAGCCGAAGCAGCUGCAUUUAAAGCUCCGAAAAGCCGACUCCAAAACCGCCUCCUCUUCCACUUGGCCCACAAGUUUAAUGAUGAGAAGAAACUGAUGAACUUUCAUCAGAAUCUUCAGGAUAUCACGGAAGAUCAACUCAGUUUGGCCUCAAUCCACUAUAUGCGAUCUCACUACCAAGAAGCUAUCGAUAUAUACAAGCGAAUACUGCUAGAUAACAGGGAAUACCUUGCCCUCAAUGUUUAUGUGGCCCUCUGUUACUACAAGUUGGAUUAUUAUGAUGUGUCUCAAGAAGUUCUGGCUGUUUACCUUCAGCAAAUUCCUGAUAGUACCAUCGCUCUCAACCUGAAAGCCUGUAAUCAUUUUCGCCUUUACAACGGCAAAGCAGCUGAGGCAGAACUCAAAAGCUUGAUGGACAAUGCUUCCUCUUCCUUUGAGUUUGCUAAGGAACUCAUCAAGCACAAUCUGGUUGUUUUCCGGGGAGGUGAAGGGGCUUUGCAGGUUUUGCCCCCACUGGUUGAUGUCAUUCCUGAAGCAAGGCUAAACUUAGUGAUUUACUACCUUCGCCAAGAUGAUGUACAAGAAGCUUAUAACUUAAUUAAGGACCUGGAACCUACUACUCCACAGGAGUAUAUCCUCAAAGGCGUGGUCAAUGCAGCCCUGGGCCAGGAAAUGGGGUCGAGGGAUCACAUGAAGAUUGCCCAGCAGUUCUUCCAGCUGGUGGGAGGGUCAGCUAGUGAAUGCGACACGAUACCAGGGAGGCAGUGCAUGGCUUCCUGUUUCUUCCUGCUGAAGCAAUUUGAUGACGUCUUGAUUUAUCUCAACUCGUUUAAGAGUUACUUCUACAAUGAUGACAUCUUUAACUUUAAUUAUGCACAAGCCAAAGCUGCAACAGGCAAUACCAGCGAGGGUGAGGAGGUGUUCCUCCUGAUCCAAAGUGAGAAGUUGAAGAACGAUUACGUUUACCUCAGCUGGUUAGCUCGGUGCUAUAUCAUGAAUAAGAAACCAAGACUGGCCUGGGAACUCUACCUCAAGAUGGAAACCUCCGGCGAGUCCUUCAGCCUCUUACAGCUCAUUGCUAACGACUGCUACAAGAGAGACCCUCCGAGAAGUGCUGCACUUACUGCGGAGCACGGGAAACACCCAGGUGGAGUACAUCAUCCGGAUCAUGAAGAAGUGGGCCAAAGAGAACAGAGUGCCUGUCUGAAGCAGCGGGAGGCCAGAGAGCCGGGCACCACUGGGGGCAGAGUUGGAAACCACGUUGAAUGCAAGACAGGGCUCUCUUUUGCUGGCCUUGUCCUUCCUUGCUCUCCAAGCUUCAAGGUCACCACUGACUUGCUCAGACCCGCCUCCCAGCUGAACCACAAGCCUCAGCCUCUGCUGUGGCCCUGGGUGACCCUACCAGCAAUAAGACCUUGGACUUCUAUGGUGCCUUCCUUCCAAAAACGCUCCAAGCACUCUGAUAUAAUUUACUUACUUUAAGGAGAACGGCAUAACAUUUCUUUAUAUUAGUGCGUCAUGGUGUUUCCUCCUAUCCGCAAUAACAAAUGUCUUUGAUCCUCAAGGGUCACCAUCAUUCUGUCUUUUUAGUUUCAGCCAUUCUGUACAUUAUCCUGUCUUACUGGGGAAUUCUGCAAACAGUUUUAUAAGGCAUCUCAAACCUGGGAGAACAGAGGCUAUCACUAACGGUAAUUAGCUAUAUGGUUCCAAGAGUGGCAGUAAGAUCCUUUAUCACAGUGUCCAGUCAUCAAUAGACCAUGGGUUUAUGGGGUUACUCUUCAGUAAUUGACUUAUUGGUGAUAAUAACAUGUCACAGUAGAGUAAGAUGAGGAUUACAGUUUUGACAAAGGUGAGUUCUGUGGAAAAACUCUGUGAUAGAGUGACUGAAGGUAUUCAGGAAACGAAGGAUACAAUCUCAUUAGUCACUUCUCCAUACAUUUAGGUAAUUCCGUGAGCCCAGGUAACUUGUCCAUACAUCUAGGUAACUCCGUGAGCCUAGGUAACUUUUCCAUAUAUUUUAGGUUAGGUUUUUUUUUAAUGUGUCUUGCUGAAUAAACAUCAGUUUUGAAAGCAGGGCUGCAAAGAUGAUACAGGCGCAUUUGCGGCCGUUGAUGUGAUGACCUAGAACAUGAAUGGGGUAGAGCCCGUGCAGGGGCCCUUCGUGGCCAUACUCCCAUCCCAAGUCAUCUUCCGGCCUGUGUUUCCAAGCUCUCACAGCAUAAACCUUCUCUACAACUCACCAGUUAUUUUCAGAAAAUAGACUCACACAUCUUUACGUACCAGAUUGCCUUUGUUUCUACACCAUAUUGGCUUUGUUUGUUUGUUAGUUCAAGGUGCCCAGUGGGACAAGUCUAGAAAGUGCAGAGCCAUCCCUGUCUAGCAGAAAAUGGACAGGAGGAGAAAUGAAAGCGUGUUUGUAAUUCCUCCAGGCACUGAAGACAGAAGGACGCUUGUAAGCACUGCAUCAGGCGUCCCACUUAUUCCCCCGCAUCCUCCUGUGGACAAAGAAGUUGUAUAGAGUGGAGAUGGGAACGUGACAGGAGUCAAAACAGCCAAGGAGAGAAGAUCAAGGCACUGGAGACAGCCUUGGCCUCCUGGGCAGUUGUAAGGGGGCUUGCAGCUUCACCUGGGAAGACAGCCAGCUUCCUGUCUUUUAACUUAGACCCCAGUCUAAUCAGUUCAGAGCACAGGUCAAAAGGAGCUGGGCUUCCCUGCUGCCUGAGUUGUAGAGAGCAAUGCCGCACCACUUCUCAUAUGCCACAGCUUCUGUGUCCUCACAAUGCCGUUCCUCCUCCUUCAGUCAUUACGGCUUCUCAGCAUGUUAGGUACCAGGUGGGUCAGAUCUGGGCAGGACCCGCCUUAAUGUCGAGAACGCUCCUUGUGAUUCUAACUUACCUCACUUAAAAGAGUAGCAAACACAAUUGUGGAGAAGACUGAGAUGGAACUCCUCAGUGGCUGUGGCAGUGAAAUUUGUCUUCCAGUGAGUUCUGUCGUUUUCAGAUUCCCAAAGCUUGGAAAGCUUUCCCAUGAAUGGGAUUUACUUCUAAAUGAGCUUUUGUUGAAUUGCACUCGCUGGGCUCUCUAGACAUUUUCCUGUCUCUCACAAAAGCAGAUAUCCCAAAAAUAGCAAUCCGAGAAUAUUAACACUGUUUUGUAAAAGGUUUUUAAUCUGUAGGGAUUGAGCCAAAAACCAUAAAGACUAGUUUAAAGAGAGACAUCCUCCACUUCUGUUGUUCCUAAGGAUGGCUGCUUCUGAAGUGUCCUGACAGGGUAUCAGGAUUGCAGAGCAGUCCCUCACGCUGUGGCUCUUACACGUGACGACGUGAGGGAGUGAUGACCUGAGGGGAAGAGGACAGUCCAGGCUUAGGAUCGUAUGGUAACGUGUACAGUUCACAGCAUCGGUGCACUGUGUAUAGUUUGUAGCAUACAUUACUUGCAUAUGGAAAAAUACCUUUUAUAAUUAUUUUUGUACAUCAAAAGAAUUGUUACAUUGAGCUGUAAUACAUUCAAAUUAAAGUUCAUUAUUUGGUUCCUA